AUGAAGGAUCUUGAAAAAAAUUUUGCAGGUAAUAAACUGGUUAAUGAUUUACAAUCGGUGGUAUCCCGUCAUACUGACGAGUAUAACUUGAGUGUGGCUCGUUCAAAUCCAAUAUAUUCCCAUGAUCUUGAUCCUGAUCAUCAAUUGAAGAAAGAUUUAAAAUCAAGAGAAAUUAGUAUGAUUGCCCUUGGGGGUAGUAUUGGUACUGGUCUUCUUAUUUCAACUGGGACAAGUUUGAAGACUGGAGGAGCAGGCUCAAUGUUUAUUGCUUAUACUUUUAUUGGAUUGGUGAUUUAUGCAGUUAUGACUGCAAUUGGAGAAGUGGCAACGUUUAUUGUAUUACCAGGUGGAUUUACUUCAUAUGCUAAAAGAUAUUGUUCAUCAUCUUUGGGUGUUGCAGUUGGAUACGUUUAUUUAAUUAAAUAUUUAAUUCUCCCGCCAAAUCAAGCAACUUCAUUUUAUUUAGUUAUAAAUUUUUGGAAUAAUGAUCGAAUAAGUCCCGGGGUUUUCAUUACAAUUAUUUUAGUUGUUAUUACAUUGAUUAAUUUAUUUGGGGUUAAACUUUUUGGUCAGGUUGAAUUUUGGUUGAGUUGUUUUAAAGUUGUUACUUGUACUGGUCUUAUUAUUUUAUUAUUAAUCAUUGCUUUAGGUGGAGGUCCUGAUGGCGAUAGAAGAGGUUUUAGAUACUGGCAAGAUCCGGGUGCUUUUCUUGAAUAUUCAAAUAGUGCUAAAAACUUAACCAUUGAUGGUAGUAAAGGUAAAUUUGUUUCAUUUGUUUCCCUUUUGGUCACAGCAGUCUUCGCUUACACUGGGACUGAAUUAGCAGUAAUUGUUUUCGCUGAAGCUGCUCGUCCUAGGAAAAGUAUUCCAAAGGCAAUUAAAUUAACAUUAUAUCGUAUUAUCUUUUUCUAUGUUUUUUCAAUUUUAUUUUUAGGAAUGUGUGUUAAUCCAAAAGACAAAUUAUUAUUAGGUGCUUCAGGAACUGAUGCAAGUGCUUCUCCAUUCGUUAUUGCAAUUAAAAACGCUAAAAUUAAAAUUUUAGAUCAUAUCAUUAAUGCUUGUAUUUUAGUUUUUGUCUUUAGUGCUGCUAAUUCAGAUAUGUAUAUUUGUUCAAGAACAAUUUAUGGUUUGGCUAUUGAAGGUUAUGCUCCAAAAAUUUUCGCUAAAACUAAUAAAAUUGGGGUUCCUAUUUAUGGUAUUUUAUUAAGUUUCCUCUUUUGUUGUUUAGCUUUUAUGAGUUUAAGUUCAAGUUCUGCUGAAGUUUUCAGUUAUUUUGUCAACGUUGUUUCUUUGGCUGGUUUAAUUGCUUGGUUUAGUGUUUUGUUAAUUCAUAUUAGAUUUAUGGCUGCUUUGAAAGCCCAAGGUAUUCCUAGAAGUUCUUUAUCUUACACUGCUCCAUUACAACCUUAUUUAUCUUAUGGUGCUAUAACAGUCUGUACAAUUAUCAUUUUAAUUAAAAACUUUACCGCAUUUUUAGGUGAUACCUUUGAUUAUAAAGGUUUUAUCACUGGCUAUAUCAUUUUACCAGUUUUCGUUCUUACUUUCUUAAUUCAUAAAAUUAUCUAUAAAACUAAAUUUUGGAAAGCUCAUGAAAUAGAUUUGGUUACUCAUUUGGAUGUCAUUGAAGCAGAAGAAGAAGUCUUUGCUGCUAAAGAAGCUGAAGAACAUGCCAUUUGGGAAGCUGAAGGUAAACCAAAAAAUGCUGCUUGGUGGUACGAAAAAAUAUUUGGAUGGAUCUUUUAA